CAGAUGGUUUAUUCUAUGCAUAUGAUCGUAAUUUAGAACAAGUUUAAUUAUUGAUCCAUAUGUUUUUUUAUUUUUCUUUAACUCGAAAUUAAGGUAUAAAAUGCGCAUUUUUUUGUCGAUUUUGAUUUUGCAAUGGAUGUUAGAACUUGUGAGCCCAUUUCUUAACCAACAGCAAUACCACAAAACCGGGGUUAAGAUCAUAGGUGGACGGAAGGCUCGAUACAAAGAAUUCCCUUUCGCAGUCGUCUUCAUUCGGCGUAGCAAUAGCCAAUCUGUCUGCAUGGGUUCGGUCGUAACAGUGCUAAAGGUACUUUCCGCCGCGCAUUGCUUUCAGCAGUUGAAAGAAGGAAAAAUGGUAAAAGUCGACUUGAAAAUCAUCUGGGCCGUCGCCGGUUCCAGGUACACACACCGGUUGGAAUACGGCUACCAAAAAAGGGCGAUCAUAUCUCAAGAGCCGCACCCUGAAUUCCAAUGGCUCGAUUACACCAUCAUCAACGAUAUCGCUAUCGCACAUUUGGAUUCGCCGUUCCCCAUAAGUGAAUUAAUCAAACCGUUAACAGUGUAUAGCUCAGACCCGACAGUGUUCAAAAGAAAAUGGGACUCGCUGCGUAAGUUGCACACCUUGUGCUACGGCAUCGGCUUCGGAUCGACUACAGCAACCGGCAAUUCGACCUACAUUAUAACCUCGUCGUACUUGAAGGUCUCACUCGUUCUCCUCCUGACGUACAAGGACUGCAGCAAAAUCUACCCGAAAUUGGUCGAAGAGUUCAAAAAGGAGAAGACCUACUGUGCCGUUUCCAUCCAUUCCAACGAAGGCAUGUGUGUCGGUGACUCUGGAAGUCCGCUUUACUGCGAUGGUCAUAUCUACGCCAUUUUUACCAAAUCUGACGGCUGCGGCGAACACUCUAAACCUGCCCUUUAUCUUUCAUUAGAGAGUUACAUAACAAUGUACGGCCUGUCUGGACAAACUUCUGUCAUAUUGAACGGUUCUUUCCAUUCUACACUUUUGUGCCUGCUUGAGAUAACACGGUUGUUAUACAUUUUUGAGCAAUUAUAUUAAAUUUUUUAUUUGAGUUAA